AUGUCUGCUACUGGCAAUCCCACCACCUCUACAUGUCGCUUCUCGACACGCGUCUCCUUACGAUGGCCGCCCGAACCGGCACAUGAAACCACCGACACAAUCGUCAUGUCUGUACAGGACUGGUUCCUUGAUCUGCGAAUCGAUAAGGAGACUGGUGAGAUCGACUGGGCUAUUGCAGGCCAGCGACUAGUCGAAAGCGAAGAGCCCCUGAGGAUAACAUUUACCCAUGAGAUCGAUUCGCAUAAUGCAUUCGACAGUGUGGACAGUGGCACAUUCGUCACGUUGCCCAACGGCGAUGAUCUCGAAACGGGAUCGAUGCCUCGUCCUGAUCUUCCAGGAGCUCCGGAGACCGAGUAUGAAGAAGUAUGGCGGGAAUUGCCUUUUACACCGGGGCCCAAAGGAGCUCCGAAGGAGAUUGCGUGGGUGCUCGAAUCCGAGGACGGCGACCAAGACACGGAGGGAGAGUUUGCCGUCACCAAGACUUUUCUCGGCCGGCUCUGGGGCACAUAUCUGGCCCUGGAGCAGGCUCAGGUUCACACGAGGCGGAAAGAUUCCUCCGGCGAAUGGACCGUGAAGAAGACAGGUACCGAGGUCAGCGCCCGAAGAGAGGAAUGGAGCUCCGGGUGGGAGGAUCGCUACGUGAUCGGGGGAAGCGGACCGAGUCUUCUCUCCAUGAAGAGUGGCUUUGAUGUUGAUGAUGGCAAACCUCGCUGGUCAAAGCCAGGGGAGAAGGUGAACCUUCAAGGUAGAUCCUACAUUGUGCGAGCAUUCGAGGAGAAUUAA